AUGAUUGAGAGGUCUACAAACCUUGACUGGUACAAGGGUCCAACCCUUCUUGAGGCUCUUGAUCAGAUCAAUGAGCCCAAGAGGCCAUCAGACAAGCCUCUUCGGUUACCCCUUCAGGAUGUGUACAAGAUUGGAGGAAUUGGAACUGUACCUGUUGGACGUGUUGAAACUGGUGUCUUGAAACCUGGAAUGGUUGUUACUUUUGCACCAACUGGACUUACCACUGAAGUUAAGUCCGUGGAGAUGCACCAUGAAGCCCUCACCGAGGCUCUUCCCGGUGACAAUGUGGGAUUCAAUGUGAAGAAUGUUGCUGUGAAGGAUCUGAAACGUGGUUUUGUUGCCUCAAACUCCAAGGAUGACCCUGCCAAGGAGGCUGCAAACUUCACAUCUCAAGUUAUAAUCAUGAAUCACCCUGGACAGAUUGGAAAUGGAUAUGCACCUGUUCUUGAUUGCCACACCUCCCACAUUGCUGUCAAAUUUGCCGAACUUGUGACUAAGAUUGAUAGGCGAUCUGGUAAAGAGCUUGAGAAGGAGCCCAAAUUCCUAAAGAAUGGAGAUGCCGGUUUUGUCAAGAUGAUUCCCACUAAGCCAAUGGUGGUUGAAACCUUCUCCGAAUAUCCUCCACUUGGUCGUUUUGCUGUGAGAGACAUGCGUCAAACUGUGGCCGUGGGAGUCAUCAAGAGCGUGGAGAAGAAGGACCCCACUGGAGCGAAGGUCACCAAGGCUGCACAGAAGAAGGGCAAAUGA